AGGGCCAGAGCACACAAUGGUGCAUUGAUCAGGAGAGAUGAAGCACAUCAUAGUUGUGAUCGUUGCCGUGCUGAGUGUCCUGCACAAGGAUCUCGUCGGUUCAGCAAACACCGGCUGUCCCCGACGCUAUCUGCGACGCAUCAAUGGCAAGUGCUACUAUUUCUCAGUAAAAAAGAUGAACUGGUUUGGUGCCCUGAACAAUUGCCUGCGCAAGGGCCUAACACUGGCCGAUCUGAGCAAUCCGCGAGAUUUUUAUGGUACCGUCGAAUUUCUAAGCUCCAAAGGUAACACGGAAGACUUCUGGUUCGGUGCCAACGAUCUGCAAACCGAGGGCCGUUUCCAGUACAUCAGCAAUGGUCGCUUAGUGCGCUACUUCAGCAAUUAUAGCAUUGUGCAGCUGGCGGAGCAUUCACAGUGCGAUGAUUGUCUCGAGGUGCGCAUACGCAACAACAUGACCGUUGUGGCCGAUGACAACUGCCUGGAGAGGCAGUAUUUUAUCUGCUCGGAACGGUACUGUGACUUCGCCGAGGCCGUUAAGCAGCGUCAUCACAGUCACGAGCAUUUGCAUCACUUCCAUCACGAUAUCGGCGUGCCCAGCGACGAGGCCGAAGAGGAGGCACCUCAGGAUGAACCAAAUGGUAGCGAUCAACAAGGGGACUCAUCAGAGGAAGCAAUGGAUCCGAAUUGUGAAAAGUGUACCACUCUGAACUCAAUGUCGUCUGAAUUUACGUCAUUGUCGACGGCUUCAACACAGGAAGGACACGAAGCGCAAAAUGAUGAGACAACGACAGUACAAGCCCCAGCUGAAGGAGAGGCGCCAGCUGAAGGAGAGGCGCCAGCUGAGGGAGAACCACCAGCUGAGGGAGAGGCGCCAGCUGAGGGAGAGGCGCCAGCUGAAGGAGAGGCGCCAGCUGAGGGAGAGGCGCCAGCUGAGGGAGAGGCGCCAGCUGAAGGAGAGGCGCCAGCUGAGGGAGAGGCGCCAACUGAGGGAGAGGCGCCAGCUGAGGGAGAGGCGCCAGCUGAGGGAGGAGCGCCAGCUGAGGGGGAGGCGCCAGCCGAAGGGGAGGCGCCAGCCGAAGGGGAGGCGCCAGCCGAAGGGGAGGCGCCAGCUGAGGGAGAACCACCAGCUGAGGGAGAACCACCAGCCGAGGGAGAGGCGCCAGCUGAGGGAGAGGCGCCAGCUGAGGGAGAGGCGCCAGCUGAGGGAGAGGCGCCAGCUGAGGGAGAAGCGCCACCUGAGGGAGAAGCGCCACCUGAGGGAGAGGCGCCAGCUGAGGGAGAGGCGCCACCUGAGGAAGAUGCCGCAGACAGCUAAGCCCGAAAGACCGCCAAAGGAAGACACGGUAACUGAACCAACUGAUGCA